AACUUAGCAUGUGAAGUAGGGCCUCUCUCACAUGGAACCAAUUGACCUGCCGUGGCACGCAACAUAUUGCAAUUUGCAAGCAGCCUCUAUAAAUAUAGACUACAACAAGUCAGUCAAAUCAUCAAACACCUUCAGUGCAUAAAAUUAUUCCUCUCACUCAACAAGUUCCAAUCCAUCAAAUAUCAAAACUUAUCUUCAAAAUCAAAGAUCUAGUGAUGGGUAUUAUUCGUUUACCAUCAAGUUUGAAGCAAUUUCAUAAACUACACGUUGUUACUUGGAAUCAAAUAUCAGAUGUACCAAAAGGACAUUUAGCAGUUUACGUUGGAGAAACAGAGAAGAAACGAUACGUAGUUCCAAUUGCAUACCUGAAUCACAGUUCGUUCCAGGAAUUGCUUCAGAAAGCUGAGGAAGAAUUUGGAUUUCAACAUUCAAUGGGCGGUCUCACAAUACCCUGCAAUGAGGAUGCAUUUUUCCAUGUCACUUCUCGAUUGAACAAUUCCUUAUGAAGAAGCAAUUAUAUUAGUGACAGAUUAUAGUAGAGAUUAAUUAGUGUUUUCCCUUUCAUCAUUUUUUUCCCCCUUAGAAAGGGGGUAACUGUAUGUACAAAGCCUUGCCAUACAAAUUACAAUCAAAUGGAAU